AUGAUGCUGGACUUGUACAACGAGCCUUCGUUUAUUGACGAUUCAGACUUCGUGUCCCAGCACCACACCCCCGUAGCUCAGCCGAUUUUGUUGAGUAAGCGCGAAUGGAAAGACUACCGGAAUCGUUUGUUUCCGAAGAAGCCAAGUUCGUCAGUCCAGCAGCGGCUCCAGAAUUUGGUCGCGCACUGUCUACUGUUGCUGCAGGCAUCGUUGUUCAUUGCGCUCCCUUUCAAGGGUUGCACCGGUCUGACGGUGCACGAAGUUCCCUCGUCACAGUUCUUUACAAUCGUUCUCGACAUGGACCACGGGGAGCCCGUCUGCUGUGCGGAAGCUGGAGUGGCUUGCACGUGUUCCAAAGGUAGUUCGAAUGACUGCGUCAAGACUUGCGUGAAGAGUUGUGUUGAAGAGUACUCGCGCGACUAUGUCGAAGAGGGGGCGAACUCUCCCGAAUCGGUCUGUUCAGGCUUGUCGACUGCCGCGAGUGCAAACACGAUCGCGAGUGCAAACACGAUCGCAAGUGCAGACACGAUCGCGAGUGCAAACACGAUCGCAAGUGCAGACACGAUCGCAAGUACAAGUAUGGUCGCAAAUGUGCAUUUGGUUACUUGCGCAGCUGGAUCGAGACGAAGGUAUGUUCAGCCGCGGCCGAUGGACAAGUGCGGAUGUGGCAGACGCCGAUCGGGACCUAUUUGCCGCUACCCUUUACCGCCGCGAACGCCGCUGAUUCUGGCAGUCUAUCCGAGCGUGGAUUGCUCUUUGUGUUCAGUGGCCGAAGUACGAGGACGGAAAUUCUGGAUUUCCUGGAACGAAGCCCUACCACCCCUUCAGUCCCAAAUCGCACGUAGUCUCAUUAUCGACUACUACACAGGUGAAAGGGAAAACGAACGGAUCAACGACCCUAUCCCCCGAUCCUGGACCCCCUUCUGCUGUAAGGACGUCGUCAAAAUGCACCAUCGGAGGCUUCGAAAGGACACAAUAUUUCAAGCCCUGCUCUCUCGCAAUGGCUCUUACCCCAACAUAGUCUAUGAGGUAACUGCCCAUACUACCGAUACAUAA